AUGUCUUUCACAACCCCAGAAUCGCUCAAGGCUCGCGGCCUCGAGAUCCUCAGGAUUCUCUGCGUCGACAAGGCCUUCGACAAGAUGCCAGGCGUACUGGACCCCAACGUCGAAGCAUACCACGAUGACGAGGCUGCCCUCGUCGGUCGGGACAAUUUCAUCUCUCACUUUCAGCAUCUCCUGACUGCGGUACCCACCUUCUCAUACCAGAUCUAUGACUCGGUCGCGGAAUUGGACAAGGGAGGCAAGGGUGGAAGGGUGUGGAUCUUUUCCAGGCUUUUGGGGCUCCCCAAAGGCAUCCAGAAGGACACGGUCGACAUGUUUGAUAUUGAUGGGGAGGGUCGGCUGGUGCGAAUGAAGGACGUCCAAAGGCUUGUCGCGCAGUAG